AUGGAAUCGAAGUUUGUAUCAAUAUUGGCUGGUCCGCUGCGGUCGGUGGUGGGGCUGUCCGACUCUGAGAUCGCUCAGCUGGCUGACUACUUCCGAGCACAAGAUGGCCGCGUGCUGUACCACCAGCUCUGCCAGAUUAUACACGGGGAAGACGCUGGGGGUCGGGACAAGACCUCUGCUGACUGCAUAUUGGAGGCGUGUCCCCCGCCGCCCGAGCCAGCCUGCCACACGCUGGACCAGUGGCAGACACGGCGGCUGUGCUGCCUGCUCGCCACCAUCGCCGACAGGGACCUACCACUCAAGCCAUACUUCCAGGACUACGAAUUGGUCGCUAAGAACGACGGGAGGAUAACGUUCGCCCACUUCGCGCGGAUCCUGAACUACAUCGGUGUGGUAGUGACGGCGGAUGACUUCAACCUGCUCGUGCGCAAGUUCAUCAAAGACUCGUACACCAUCGACUACGUAGAGUUCCUCCGAGCUGUCGACACCGUCAAAAAGCAAGGCGUACAGGGACUGGGGCCGGAGUAUCAGAACCCCAGUGCAGUGAUUGACACCACGCUGCCGAAGCUGGUGCGGCCGGAGGUGGAGGCCGGGCUGUCCACCGCGCCGCUCGGCUUCCAGGAGACCUUCCACCCAGCGCUAGCACAGCCACACCCGCCGAGGCAGCUCAUCGACCUCAUGCUCAGAGUCCAGGAGUUCGUGCUACAGAGACGCAUUAGAGUUUCAGAGUUCUUAAGAGACUACGACCCACUGAACAGCGGCCGCAUCGCCCCGCAGCAGUUCCGGCGCGGGUUGGACGCCAUGGGGCUGGGCAGCGUGCUGUCGCAACAGGAGAUGCUGUGCAUCAUGCGUCACUACCUCGACCCCAACGAUAGCCAGCACGUAUGCUGGAGAACUUUCGAGGAUGACUGCGACCAAGUGUUCACAAUAAAGGAGCUAGAGAAGCACCCUGGGGCCAUAGCGGGCUCAGCACGCGACGCGGUGCUGGAGCUGCCGCCGCGCGGGGCGGCGCCCGACCGCGGCGAGGGCGAGACUGUCGACGACCUGGACGCCGCGCAGGCCGCGCUACUACGCGUGCGCGCUGCCUGCACCGAGCGCGCCAUCGACCUGCGCCCCGCUUUCUGCGAGCACGACGAGCACAACAACGGGCACGUGUCGCGCGCGCAGGUGCGGCGCGUGCUGGCGCGCCUGGGCGUGCUGCCCUCUGCGCAGCAGGUGCGGGCGCUUGAGGCGCGCUACCUCGACGACUGCGGCUUCAACUACGUGCGGUUACUGGACGAGAUGGUGGAGCGGCCGGUGGAGAGCGCGACUAUCGCGGGGCCGGGGCCGGCGCCUCGCAGCGCGCGCUCUUCCACCGUGGACCCGCUGGAGACAGACAUCGUCCAGAUACUCGCCAAGAUCAAAGGCAAGAUGGUACGGGAGGGUGUGCGUCCGAGAGAGUUCCUCAAACAGUUCGAUCCUCGCAACGAGCUGGUGAUCCCGCGCGCCGACUUCUACCGAGGUCUCGCGUCUGCCGGCCUCUCCCUCACCCCACUCGAGAUGGACACGCUUAUGGAGGUGUUCUGCGCGCCAGCACGGCGCCGCUACGUAGAGUACGAGCGGUUCUGCAGUACGGUGGGCGAGGCGCUGACGCAGUCGGGGCUGGAACGCGCGCCCCUACUGGAACCAGUGCCGCACGUGCCCACCCUCGACUCGCCACUCAACUUCCUCAACUUCGAGGAGCGGAACAUUGUCUCUGGCGCACUCAAAAAACUCUCAAAGUUCCCCGACCAACUCUCCAACAUUCUCGAGGUGUUUGAGGACAUGGACAAGGAGCGCUGCGGCAGCAUCCCGCGCGUGUCGGUGGAGCGCGCGCUGUGCCAGCGGAACCUGCUGGCGCUGGUGAACUACCGCGCACUAUGCAAUGCUCUGUCGAUACUAUACGCCACGGCGAGCGCCCAGCCCUGCUGAGCCGCCGCCAUACUGUGUUCCAGUGCUGCAAUGUCCUGUAUUCUACUGUCUGUGAUCACACGAAUCCCUUUAUACCCUCCCUCUAUACUCAUGUAAGUCUUGUAUGUAAUAAUA